ACUUAAAAAUAUAAUAUUAACAUAAUAGUAAUUAUUAUGAUGAGUAUGGCUACUGAUUUCUUCAGCAUUCUGACUUCCGUACCCACCGCUUGCUCGUUCCCGUGUCUCAUCCUCGAGGCUCAAUUUCUCGCUUUGAUGAACGCCUGUUGACGUGGACUAGUCUGAUUUUCUUUUGCUGGUGCUAAAUUUGCAAGCGCAGCUACAGCACAGCUGAAUUUGGAAGAAGUGGAGGAGAAAGUGGUAAUGGAGCCCGAAUUGGGCGCUGCAGUAAACUGUACGGUCGGAUCUGGACUCGAAUCGAGAUCCGGCGAGCUCGAAUCGGAUGGUUCGGAUUUGUUGCGCGAUUGCUGCGUGCCGAGGGUCAGACCGACCGAGGCGGAUGGCUUCGCCGUUUAUACGAGGAGGAAGAAGCUGAAGAGCGAGGAUGUUAUCGGACUUUGGGACAAACUCCAUGGCGGUUCUGGAAAUUCAGGUGAAGUUGCGGUGGGAGUGAGUUCCAACGGUGGAGUUGCAGGUAAUGGCGGCAAAGGCGAUAAUGUGGAUAGAGUCGAGGGCACUUUAGGCAUUUCGUGUCUUGCGGAUGGGCUCGGAGCCGGUGAGGAUCCGACGGUCGCUGAUGGACGGAAGAGUGAUGAAUCAGGAAUUGAGAACGGGAAUUCUGGAGAUUCUCAGGACACUGCUGGUUUCGAUGAGCGUGGGAAAAAGACGACGGCGUCAGGUGGUCCGAAAACGAGGAAGAUGGAGAUGAAGAUGUCUAAGAAAAUUCUCGUCAAAGGGGGGCCGACAACUGUGAGGGAGCUUUUUGAAACUCAGUUGCUGGAUGGGUACCCAGUCUUCUACAAUGGCGGGAAAAGGGGAUUCCCACUACGCGGAAUUAUUCAGAAGUUUGGAAUUCUGUGCUCAUGCAGUGCUUGCAAGGGAGAAAAGGUGGUUCCGCCUUGCCAGUUUGAAAUUCAUGCCUGUAAAUCAUAUAGACGGGCAUCACAGUACAUAUGCUUUGAGAAUGGGAAAAGCCUACUUGACGUGGUCAAAGAGUGCCGGAAAUCAUCAGCAAAGUCAUUAGAAGAGACGAUACAAAACUUUGUAGGUCCAAUGCCUGAAAAGGAAUCAGUCAUUUGCCGGAAUUGCAAUGGGUCAUUUCUUGCAACAUCUGUUUCGAAACUGGAUCUGCUUUGUGAUUCCUGCAUGGUUAUAAUGAAUUCAGAAGUUGAUGCAGAAAGUCUGAAGUCGAGGCCUUUGGAACCACUUUUGGGUUUAACAAUGCCUGAAAAUGGUGAAGUGCUUAACAGCCUGCAGCAAAAGAGUCGUCGAGGAAGGAAGAAAAGAAAGCAUGCAGAGUUGAACGGCAAUGCAAAUUCACCAGCAACUUCCUCGAUGCAGAUUUCAAAACGAAAGAAAAGAAAAUGGAAGAUUACAAAUUUGGUGUCACAAUCAGCUUCUGGUCCAAUGCGGGGAAAUGAUAGUGAAUUUUCACAGGACUCCUUGAAGAAGAAGACCCAGAGGAAGAUAUUAAAGUUGUCAGAUGAUUCUUUCCUGUCGAAGAUUGUAAGCAAUGAAUCUCCAUCUGUUUCUUUGCAAUCAAAAAAUUCAUCAAAGAUGACUGCAAGAGAUCAGAAGAUGCACAAGCUGAUCUUUGAGAGUGGUGGAUUGCCGGAUGGAACUGAAGUUGCUUAUUAUUCUCGUGGCAAGAAAUUGCGCGAUGGCUAUAAAUUGGGAUCAGGAAUAAUUUGCUAUUGCUGCAAAACUUUGGUUAGUCCAUCUCAGUUUGAAGCUCAUGCUGGCUGGGCUGCUCGCCACAAACCCUAUACGAAUACAUACACAUCAGAUGGGCAGUCUCUCCAUGAAUUUGCAAAGUGUUUGCUACAACGCCACAAGAGUUCCUCAAAAAAGAAUAACACUAUAUGCUCCAUUUGUGCAGAUGGUGGGAAACUUGUAUUUUGUGAUAGUUGCCCUCGUUCUUUCCACAAAGAGUGUGCAUCCUUGUCGAGCGUCCCUCGUGGUAAAUGGCAUUGCAUCUAUUGUCAGAAUAUAUUUCAGAGGGAGAGGUAUCUUGAGCAGAAUGCCAAUACCGUUGUGGCUGAAAGAGGUCUAGAUACUGGUUCAGGAGAACAGAUAACAAAUCGCUGCACUCGCAUUGCGAAGAACCAAGGAGACGAAGAAAUAAUAGCAUGUGUGAUUUGCAGAUGUGUUGGUUUUAGUAAAUAUGGAUUUGGUCCACGCACUGUGAUAGUGUGUGAUCAGUGUGAAAAGGAGUAUCAUGUGGGCUGUUUGAAAAAACACAAGUUGUAUUUAAAGGAACUUCCAGAAGGACAAUGGUACUGCACCCAGGAUUGCAAAUGCAUGUUUUCUGGUUUGCAGGAUCUAUUAAAUUCUGGGGCACAGAAGCUCUCAGAUUCUUCUUUGGAUAUAAUAAAGAAAAAACUAGUAGAAAGCAAUGGUUUUGGUGAUGUUGGGUUUGAUGUGAGAUGGAGGCUUUUGAAUGCAAAAGUUGCUUCUCGUGAAACAAGAGUAUUGCUGUCACAGGCUGUAGCUGUAUUGCAUGAAUGUUUUGACCCUAUUGUUGAUCCGCAAACUGGCCGUGAUUUCAUUCCUUCAAUGGUAUAUGGGAGGAAUAUAAGGGGACAAGACUUCAGUGGAAUGUAUUGUGUAAUGUUGAUAGUGAAUUCAACUGUUGUAUCAGCUGGGAUCCUCCGGCUUUUUGGACAAGAUAUGGCGGAGCUCCCAUUGGUUGGAACACGCACCAGCUAUCAGGGCAAAGGAUACUUCCAAGCCCUUUUCUCCUCCAUCGAGAAAAUACUUACAGAUUUGAAUGUCAAAAGGUUGGUUCUUCCUUCAACUGACAAUUCAAAGUCUAUAUGGAUAAACAAGUUCGGAUUUGAAGAGAUACCAGAAAAGCAGGUUGCUGAAUACAAGAUAACCUGCUGGCAGCUAACAACUUUCAAGGGAUCACGCAUGCUCCAAAAAGCAAUUCCAAGCCGCCUUACUACCGAUCACAAUCAAUCUGAUUCCAGCAUUCCCUUGCUGCAGCAGGCGUAGUUAAACACAAUCCAUUUUCAUGAGCGUAAAUAGCUUCUGCCUCCCUUCUACUAUUACAUCGUUCCUUUAAAUUAUUUCAACAGAUACCUGAAACUGUUGUGUUGUAGCAAAAUUUUAGUCGUAUUUUAGUAGAGAUUGUGAUUGUCUUAUCCUACUUUAGAGAAAAAUGGUUAAAACACAUGUCUGCCACCCCUGGCCAGUAACUUAUUAUUAUUAUGAUAAAUGAGGGAACCAUGAAUUCUUCUCAUCUGGAGUUUGGCCUAGUUACGUCACAUGUGUAAGUAACCUAUUAGCUACGCUUAAAAUAAUAAUAAUAAGGUGUACAUCGAAUGU